AUGCAGGGAGCCAGGGCCCCCAGGAGCCAGGGCCUGUCCCCCGGCGGGCUGGGCGCACUGGGCCGGCCCCGGGUCGUCCUGCUCACCUACGUGCUGGCCGGCCUGGAGCUCACCUGCCUCUUCAUGCAGUUCUCCACCCUGCCGUACCUGUCCCGGAGUCUGGGCCUGGACUCUAUGGCCUUCAGCUACCUGCAGACCACCUUUGGCGUGCUUCAGCUGCUGGGGGGCCCUGUGUUUGGCAGGUUCGCGGACCAGCGGGGGGCGCGGGCUGCCUUCACGCUGUCCUUCCUGGCGGCCUCAGCGCUCUACCUGCUCCUGGUGGCCGCCUGCAGCCCGGCCCUCCCCGGCGUGCCCUUGCUCUUCGCCUCCCGCCUGCCCUCGGUGUUCAUGCACACGCUGCCAGCCGCCCAGAUGGUGGUCACCGACCUGACGACGCCGGAGGAGCGCCCCUCGGCCCUGGGCCGGCUCGGCCUGUGCUUCGGCGUGGGCGUCAUCCUCGGCUCCCUGCUGGGCGGGACCCUCAGCACCUCGUGCGGGGUUCAGUGUCCUGCCUUGCUGGCCUUCGUGGCCAACCUCCUGGGCGCCGUCCUCAGCGUCACCUGCAUCCCCGCCAGCACCAAAGGGGCCAGGGCGGGGGCACAGAUGCCCGCCCCGGGGGGGGGCAGGGCCAGCGUCUUUGACCUGAAGGCCAUCACCCGCCUGCUGCUGCUGCCCGGCGUGCUGCCGGUGUUCCUGGUCAAGGUGGUGUCCAGCUUCCCCUCAGGGCUCUUCAUGGUCAUGUUCUCCAUCAUCUCCAUGGACUUCUUCCAGCUGGGGGCCGCCCAGGCUGGCUACCUCGGGUCCUUCUUCGGGGUGCUCCAGAUGGUCAUCCAGGGCCUGGUCAUCGGGCGGCUGAGCAGACACUUCUCGGAGGGGGCCCUGCUGCGGGCCAGCGUGCUGGUCUUCUGCUUGGUGGGCCUGGCCAUGGCGCUGAUGUCCAGUGUCUUCCACUUCUGCCUCCUGAUGCCGGGCCUGGUCUUCAGCCUGUGCGCCCUCCACGUGGUCACCGACAGCAUGCUGACCAAGGCCGUCUCGGCCGCCGACACGGGGACCAUGCUGGGGCUCUGCGCCGCCGUGCAGCCACUGACCCGCACCCUGGGGCCCACGCUCGGCGGCCUCCUGUACCGAAGGUUUGGUGUCUCCAUCUUCGGCCACGUGCAGUUCGCUGUUAACUUGCUGGUCCUCCUGGUCCUCUGGAAGCAGCCUGCGUUCCAGAAGGUGGACAAAGUCCGGUGACGGCGGCCUCCGGCACAGACUGGCAAUAAACUCGCUGG